GGCGUCUAGCAACCACCAGCCACUGGCAUAUGGAGCCGUACGACAACUAUACAACCAUCAUCAUUAGCACGAGCCAGAUCCAUUCCACUUCAACCUGCGCAGAUCAACAACAUCAAACGCCACAACAGCGAGCCAACAACGCCCACAGUAACAGCAACCGCCACAGCAGCGGGGCACUAACGCGCGAAGCCAACAACACCGCCACAACCGCGGUCACAGCGCGCUACAGCAACAACAACGCGCUCAGUAACAACAACCGCCACAGCAGCGGUUGCAACAACAAGGCUGCAACAGCGCUCACAGUUACAACAACCGCCACAUUAGCGGGACACAAAAAAGAGCGCGACAUCACAACAACCGCCACAGCAGCGGGUACAACAUCGCCGCAUAGCUACGAUAAAAACAACGCGCUACAGUGCCACAUCAGCAGCGACAGCAACGAGUGUCGACCACAAUGGCUGCCACAGCAGCAGCCACAGCAACAACCACAACCACAACCACCGGGUACUACUACAACUACUACUCCUCAGCAGCGGUUGCAACAACGUCGCCACCAAAAAUCGGGCGAGACAACAACAACGACAACGGCUGCCACAGCAACAGGCGCAACACCAACAACGGUUACAACAUCAACAACAACAGCAGAGCCUCACACAAGCCUGCUGCAACCAUCCAUUUCACUUCAACCUGCGCAGCAACAACAUCAAACGCCACAACAGCGAGCCAAUAAUGCGUACAGUAACAGCAACCGCCACAGCAGCGGGGCACUAACGCGCGAAGCCAACAACACCGCCACAACCGCGGUCACAGCGCGCUACAGCAAUAACAACGCGCUCAGUAACAACAACAGCCACAGCAGCGGUUGCAACAACAAGGGUGCAACAGCGCUCACAGCGCUAAAAACAAUCUAUGUGAAAGAUGACAAAUUUUGGCCAAUAUCUUAG